GUUGCGCUCUGUCAAGCGUAUCAGCUGGUUUCGAUCGUUCGCUACGUGUAUGGGACUGCAGAUUUCACAGUGUUGAGCCGAUCAUUGAUACCUUUUUGGAUACAGUGAUGUCAGUUGUUUUAACAAAGACUGAGAUUAUUGGUGGUAAUGUCGAUGGAUCUGUUCGAACCUAUGACAUGCGUCUCAGUAGGGAGAUGUCGGAUAACUUAGGACAACCGGUUAAUUGCAUAUCGAUAUCAAACGAUGGAAACUGCGUUUUAGCUGGUUGCUUGGACUCUACUCUGCGUCUACUUGACCGAACCACAGGAGUCCUUCUCCAAGUCUAUAAAGGUCAUAUUUCUAAGGUGGUCUGGAUCACAGGGGUUAACCAAGGGAUUGGGGAAGCUCUUGCUAAACAGUUUGCAAGUUUAGGUGCCAAGCUUAUUCUUUCUGAUAGGACUGAAGCUGAGAUGGUUCGGCUUAAAAGUGAGCUCAAAGGUAAAUAUGCACCAGAACAUGUCCGCGUUUUUCGUUUUGCUUUAUCAAGCAGUAGCAUCGAAGUGUGGCUCAGAGAUGUUGUAGCCGCAGCAGUGACUCAUUUCCGUGAUUGAUCCACAACACUGCCUACGAGCUUCUGUCAUUAAAAACCGAUUGUUGCCUCACUAUCUCGGAUGCACAUGUAAUUGGAGGAUCGGAGGAUGGACUAUUGGAAUGGUUUACUUCUGGGAUUUGGUAGAUGCAAAAGUGGUAUCGAAAUUUCGAGCUCAUUAUUUAGUGGUUACAAGCGUGAGUUAUCACCCCAAGGAAGAUUGCAUGUUGACUUCUUCAGUGGAUGGUACAGUUUGUGUCUGGAAAAUAUGAAGAAAGAAUGAUGUUAAUCGGGUUACCCUUUACUGGGUUACAAUAGCUGGUUCAUGGAGUGAAAUCUUUUGAAAGUUUGAAGCUUAAUAAUAGUGAAAGAUCGUUGAUAUGUUACGGAUGAAGUCGAAUGAAUGUUGGUACAUUUUAUAAUUUUCUUAAAGUCAAAUCAAAUGGUUUGAUCGUC